ACAACAAUGGCGGCAGCACUGGUAGAGGCUCAACCACCCAAAUCUUCAUCAAAUGGGCAUGCAGAUUCCUACAUUGGCAGCCUCAUCAGCCUCACCUCGAAGUCUGAAAUUCGAUACGAGGGUGUCCUCUUCAACAUCAAUACCCAAGAGUCCAGCAUCGGUUUAAGAAAUGUAAGAUCAUUUGGGACUGAAGGACGCAAGAUGGAUGGUCCCCAAAUACCUCCAAGCGAUAAAGUUUAUGAUUAUAUACUUUUCCGAGGAAGUGACAUCAAGGAUCUGCAGGUCAAAUCUUCACCUCCAGUUCAAACAAAUACAAAUGUACAUGAUGAUCCUGCCAUUAUUCGGACUCACUAUUCUCAAGCAGUGACUGUAUCGACAAACUUACCAUCUUCUGGUAUUGCGUCCAUUCCAGAUGUAAAAGCCCAAACUCCACAGAUGGGACUCCCUAAGCCAACAUUUCAAAGCACUCUUCCUGUGUAUCAACCUCUUGGAAGUCUAGGGUCUUGGGGUGCCUCAGCCCCUCCAGUUACAAAUGGCAGUGGAAUGCCCAUGACAAUGUAUUGGCAAGGAUUUUCUGGACCCUCCGAUGGUUUCCAACACCAACAGCAAUCGUUGCUUAUGCCCUCGCCUGGCUUGUCAAUGCCACCUUCAAUGCAACAACCGAUGUCAUAUCCUACCAUUAAUACAUCAUUAUCUGAUGGCUCUUCUGAUGCUUCAAUCUCUAAACCAUCAGAGCCACCAUCUACUUUAUUCCCAACCCUCGGUAGGGGCACUCCAAGCUUGAAUUCCCAUAUGCUUCCUGCCCAGUCGCCUGCCCUUACAAUGGGCAUUCCGGGAGAUUUGCAAUCUUCUGCGUUUCCUUCCAAGUCUUCUGCAACAGUUUCUGAGCCAUCCUCAAGUUUGAUUCUUAACAAGGCUUUGCCUCAAACUCGUCAUACUGCUGCAUCAAGUACUAGCUUGCCUUUGGUUUCACCUCUGACUCCCGCUUUGGACAAAACUAACAUCCUCUUACCAGCCCUUGACGAGCCUAAAAUAGGCCCUACUGCUGUAACGCCAGUAAUAUCUGAAUCUGUAUGGUCGACAGCUAACACCCCAGGUUCAGUUCUAGCUGACGGAGCAAUGCCUCCAUUGGUAACCCCAGGCCAGUUUUUUCAGCCUGACCUCACCAUGGUAUCUUCAUCCCAGCCUUCACAAACAGCUCAGACGGAUGUUGAGGUUGUCAAGGUAUUGUCAUCAGAACUACCACCAUCACCACCAGCGACAGCAAAGGCUUCGCAGGAACCAAUUUUGCCCCUGCCUGCACCAUCCAUUCCUAAGUUGCAUGGAACUCAUGCCAUUGGUCAUCAAAGUUACAGAGGAAGUCGUGAAAGAGGAGGUCAUGGUUUCACUCAUCAAAGUUAUAGAGGAGGACGUGAAAGAGGAGGCCAUGCCUUCAAUCAUCAAAAUUAUAGAGGACGUGGAAGAGGAGGUCAUGCCUUUAAUCAUCAUGAUAACAGAGGAAGUGAAAGUGGUAGAGGAAGCAGGAUUUCACGUCCUGUGACAAAAUUCACUGAAGAUUUCAACUUCACAGCAAUGAAUGAAAAGUUUAACAAGGAUGAAGUAUGGGGUGAUCUUGGUAAAAGUAAUAAAGUUCUAGAAGAUGUAGGUGAAUCGCAAGAUGAAAAGGAUGUUGGAGCUUCACCAUAUGAUGAUCCUAAGAAUGUUUAUGUUAAGGAUGACUUCUUUGAUUCUCUAUCUUGUGAUGCACUUAAUCGUGGGUCACAUAAUGAGAGGAUUAAGUUCUCAGAGAAAGUGAGAAAGGAUACCGAGACAUUUGGGUAUUCUCCAAGGCAUCGUGGUGGAAGAGGUAGCAGAUUGAAUGGUCGAGGUGGCCGGUGGAAAGGUAGUUAUAAUGGAAGUGGUUAUGGCUAUGCUGGACAGGGGCGAGGACAUAACUUUCCUAAUCGUGCAACCUACUAAGCAUCGAUUUUCAAUGCCUGCUGAGAUGAACCUCAGAACUAUUGGUGUGUGCCAAGAGAUAUAGUUACGAAGGCCUAGUUUAUGUAGUUUUGGUACUUCUGGGCAUUAUGCUCGCAAUAAGAUAUUCUGGAAUGGUCGAGGUGGCCGAUAGAAUGGCAGCUAUCAAGGAAGUGGUUAUGGCUCUACUGGCCAGGGUUGAUGACAUUAUAUUCUGAACCGUAGUCGCCUACAAUGUCUUUCAGAGUUUCAGUGCCUGCUGGGAAGAACCUCAAAACUCAGGAAGGUCUAGUUUAUGUAGGUUUGCAAUUUUUGGCAUUGUGCUCACAGUAAGAUAUUAUGAAACGGGGUUUUUCAUGGUUUACAUUCCAUGUAAACAUUAUAGGCGAAUCAGAUGUUUCAUUCUCA